AUGACGUUGACAGGUACAUUUCUAGACGUCGUCGGACUCGGAUACGACAAUGGAGCCUCGAAGGGGGUGACGUCUGAUAAAUCAGAGUUCAUUUACGAGCAGGGCAAGCAGGUGACAUUCUCCAUUGGUGGCCUCCUGCUGGGCAGCUGUGAAGGCAAGGCGGUCGUCACCAUAUCGGACUUGGUCGCCAUCGACACGCCCGUCUUCCAUCCCAGCUUGAUCAACCGAGCGAGGCUGCUUUUCAGCUUGGCUCCCGGGGAGGGUUUCGAGCAGCCCGCUAUUAUUGACACGAAUGUCGGGGCCAUUGUCGCAAAGUACGCAGCAGAAAUCAACCUGGACUCGGAAGAGCUCUCCGACCUGGAUGGACCGCUAGGGAAGAUCUGUAGCGAGCUGAAGCUCCGCCCAAAGUCGGUGCCACACGCUCGCAACCACCUACGCCGCGAGGCCCAGGGUUUCAGAGUCCUGCGCGAUUUCAAGAUUGCCUCGCCGGAUGGGGGCUACGUCCUUGCCGACGUGUAUCUGCCGAAUCAGCCUGGCAAGAAGUUUCCCGUGCUCAUCAGCUGCACUCUGUAUGGGCGACGGGUGCCCUGGGGCGGUCCGGAUCUCGAGAAUGAGGCUGAAAUAAUCCAGUUUGAGGCGGCAGAGGACGACUGGCAUUCGACUCCCGCGGGAACGCAAUUGCCGCAGCUGCCUUACAUGGGACCGUGGUCGGACUCGUUCACCACCCAGCGAGGGUACGAGAGCAUUGCCACGCUCAACACCUUCACCUAUGUGCCCCAGAGCUACGCUAUGGUCAAGAUCGACCCAAAGGGCGUCUCGCAGACCCCGGGCACGAGGUGGAUCCCGGGCGAACUUGCGGGCGACUUCUUUGCCGCCGUGGAAUGGUCCGCCGGCCAGCCAUGGAGCACCGGCAGUGUCGCCCUGGUAGGAAGUUCAUAUGGCGCGAACACCCAGUGGGCAGUUGCGGGCCUGAAGCCAAAGGGGCUGAAGUGUUUUGUGCCUUAUGCAACGGAUAUCGACUCGUAUCGCGAGGCCGCCUACAUAGGCGGUGUGCCAUCAACCCGUUACUUGGACAACUGGUUUGCUCGAGUCCGCGGGGUGUCGCCCAAGUGGGGUGAUCACUUCGAUGUAGAAGCACUGAUGCGGGAUAAUUCCGCCUACAAUGCACUCUGGGACAUGCUUGGUGGCAACCCGGUGGAGUCGGCAGACAUUCCAUGUUUCCUGGCCGCCUCGCAAAUCUUCAUGAUCCACGGGCGAGGUGCGUACGAGGCAUGGGCGGUGCGCAGCCGGGACAACACGCAUCUGCAGCUAGUCGACUCCAAUUACUACGCCUGGCCGAGCCGAGAAUCCGCAGGCAAGAUCCUGCAGUUCCUCAACCACCACCUCAAGGGCGGGGACUUUCUCGCUCCCGAGAAGGUCGGUAUCCAGGUGAGGCUGGGCAACCAGGACUGGUACUGGCGCAAGGAGAAGAACUGGCCCGUCCCCGGGACGCAGUAUGUCAAGUGGCACCUCACCCCGGAACUGGGCCUGUCGACCACGCCUCCGUCGGAGCAAACAUCAGAGACAAGGUUCACGUACCCUGCCAAGGCGCCCAUCACGGGGAAGUCCGGCUUGAGCUUCGAGUCGGCGCCUUUUGCCGAGGACGUCGAUAUGGCCGGUCAUUUUGCCGCCUACCUGAGCAUGUCGUCGACGGCCGCCGAUGCUGACGUCGUCGUCCUGGUCUGGGCGUUGGACGAAUCCGGGGCGGCGGUCAGCUAUGGUGCGAGCAGCCCUGAUCCCGAGCCUAUCGCCAAGGGCUUCCUGCGCGUUAGCCACCGGGCCCUGGACAUGACGAAAUCCCUGCCCUGGCGGCCGUGGCACUCCCACAAGUCCGAGGAUGUGGUUGCGCUGCAGGGGCCCGAAGAUGUGGUCGACGUUGCCGUGGAGAUCAUGCCGGCGGCUUGUCGUGUCCGGAAAGGCUGGAAGUUGCGGGUUGACAUUUUGCCCUCCGAGGCCCAGCCCGAUAUUCCCGGUUACGACCCGACUCCAAUGCGACUCUGGCGCGGCGAGGCGUCCGACGGCGAUGCUGUCGAUGCCAUUCACGUGGGAGGCAGCAAGGUCAACUACGUACUCUUUCCCGUUGUGCCCUUGCAGCAGAUCUAUCCAAACUGCAUGGUUUAA